AUGGGAGUGCAUGGAACCAUAAUUAAAUUGGAAGCCCAUAAGAUUUACAGGAGACCAACCGGAGUCAUACGAUUGAUUGAAACAAUGUUAUUGUUGGUGCAGAUGUUAAUGGUAUAUUAUUUUAGUGUGGAUGUAACCAUGAACUUAACAGAUCCUUACAACCAACUGUUAAAUACUACUUUAGAAGAGUACGAAAACGUUACCGAUACGUCUGCGAACCAACAUUAUGUCGGAUUCUGGAUUACAAGAGUCAUCAUCAAUGGAAUAUUUGGAAUCAUUCUGGAACUGUUUGGAAUUAUAGGAAAUAUCUUGUCAAUAGUGGUAUUAGUUCAUUACAAACAAAAAUCAUCAACACCAUUGUUACUUAUGUUCUUGGCUGUGUUCGAUUCCAUUUACCUAUUUUCAGAAAUGUUUCUGGAACAAUGGACGUUGUUAAGUAAAGCGCUGUUGAUCAGUCCUGGUUACAGAACAUUUAUAGCACCCAUAUACAUUGUGUCAUUCCCUAUAUCCAAAAUAGCCUUCACUGGAACAACGGUCAUGACCUUGCUGAUAACAUUGGAGCGAUUCAUUGCAGUAGUUCAUCCUCUCAGAGCUUCCAGGUUGUGUAACAAAUCCGUUGCUUGGAAAGCAAUAUGUGUUGUGUUCCUUUGGGCCAUCUUUUUCAAUCUUCCAAGAUGUCUGUCGUAUACGUCAGAUUAUCAAUGGAAAAAUGAAACGAACACGACCAAAUUAGCUAUGGUUCGAACUGAAUUGGGAAAUAGUUGGUUUUACAAUGACGUUUAUCACGCGUGGAUUAUAGUGAUUUUUGAAUUUAUACUUCCGUUUGUGGUGAUAGCCAUUUUAAAUGUACAGGUAUUGGCUUCUGUUCGAAAAAGUCGGGAAUUAGCUACACAGCAGAAUAAGAGUUCGAAAAAGCGCGAAGGUCGUCUGACUGCAAUGGUGUUUACUGUAACAACUCUGUUUUUCGUUUGUGGUCUUUUCUAUUCUACUGCCCAGAUCUUAGUGAGACGAGUUGAUAAAUAUAACGAAAUUUCCGCAGCUCUAAAUAAUUAUGUAGCAAUCGCCGAUACCUUAAUGAUUCUCAACUGUUCCAUAAAUUUUAUACUCUAUUGUGUUGUGGGACGAAAAUUUCGCAGUAUAUUUGUAAGUUUGUUUUGUCGUCGGCACAGGAAAGAGAAUUGCUACACCAUUAAAACCACUAACCAUACCAAAAGCACCUCCUAUACAGACAGUGACGAUAGAGAGCUACACGCUUUUAAGAAAAGGGCAUACGAAUGA